AUGACUGAUAUUGAAAACUCGAUUGAUGUCGAUGAUGAUGUUGAUGGGGAUGAUGAUGAUGAUGAUGAUGAUGAUAAUGAUGAUGAUGCUGAUGAUGAUGCUGAUGAUGAUGAUGAUGAUGAAUUGGAUAAUGAUGAUGAUGAUGAUGCUGCUGCUGAUGAUGAUGAUUCGAAUGAUGAUGAUGAUGUUGAUGGUUCUGAAACUGAUAGUGAUAAUGAUAAUGAUGAUGAUGAUGAUGAUGAUGAUCAACCUUUUGAUGAUGAUUCGGAUGAUGAUGAAUUUGAGGAUGAUGAUUAUGAUGAUUUAAAUGAUGAUGAUUUGGAUGAUGAUGAUGAUGAUGAUGAUUUGCAUGAUGAUGAUGGUGAUGAUGGUGAUUCGGAUAAAGUUGAUAAUGAUGAAUCGGAUGAUUAUAGAUAUGAAGAUGAUGAUGACGAUGAUGGUGAGUUUACGGAUAACGAUGAUGAUGAUGAUUUCGAUGAUUUUGAUGGUGAUCAUGAUUCGGAAGAUUAUGAUUUGGAUGAUGAUGAUUAUGAGGAUGAUUAUGAUGAUGAUGUUGAUGAUGAUGAUGAUGAUAAUGAUGAUGAUGAUGAUGAUGAUUUGGAUGAUGAUGAUGAUGAUGAUGAUGAUGAUGAUGAUGAUGAUGAUGAUGAUGAUGAUGAUGAUGAUGAUGAUGAUGAUGAUGAUGAUGAUGAUGAUGAUGAUGAUGAUGGUAAUGAUGAUGAUGAUGAUGAUGAUUUGGAUGAUGAUGAUGAUGAUGCUGAUGUUGAAGAUGAUUUUGUCGAUGAUCAUGAUUGUGAUUAUGAUGCUUAUGAUGAUAAUGAUGAUUUUGAUGUUGAUCAUGAUUUGGAUGAUGACGAUUAUGAUCAUGAUAAUGAUGAUGAUGAAGAUGAUGAUUUCGAAGAUGAUGAAUUGGAUGAUGAUUUACAUGAUGAUGAUGUUGAUUCGGAUGAUGAUUAUGGUGUUAAUUUGGAUAAUAAUGAUGAUAACUUCUCGAAUUAUGAUGAUGAAGAUGAAGAUGAUAAUGAUAAGAAUAAUGAUGUUGAUUGGGAUAAUGAUGAUUCGGAUGAAGAAGACGAUGAUUUGGAUGAUGAUGUUGAUCAUGACGAUGAUGAUGUUGCAGAUGAUGAUGAUUCGGAUGAUGAUGAUGAUGAAGAUUUGGAUUAUGAAUAUUAUGAUGAUGAAGAAGAUGAUAAUGAUUCGGAUGAUGAUGAUGAUGAUGAUGAAUUUGAUGAUUUAAUUGAUGAUGAUUCGCAUGAUGAUGAUGGUGAUUAUGAAAAUGAUGUUGACGAUGAUGAUGAUGAUGAUGAUUUGUAUGACGAUGAUGAUGAUGAUGAUGAUAAUGAUGAUUCGGAUAAUGACGAAUAUUAUGAUGAAUAUGAUGAUGAACAAGAUGAUGAUGUUGAUGCGGUUGAUGAAGUUGAUUCGGAUGAUGAUGAUUUGGAUGCUGAUGUUGAUGUUGAUGAUGAUGAUGAUUUGGAUGAUGAUGAUGAUGAUGAAGAUUUGGAUUAUGAAUAUUAUGAUGAUGAAGAAGAUGAUAAUGAUUCGGAUGAUGAUGAUGAUGAUGAAUUUGAUGAUUUAAUUGAUGAUGAUUCGCAUGAUGAUGAUGGUGAUUAUGAAAAUGAUGUUGACGAUGAUGAUGAUGAUGAUGAUUUGUAUGACGAUGAUGAUGAUGAUGAUGAUAAUGAUGAUUCGGAUAAUGACGAAUAUUAUGAUGAAUAUGAUGAUGAACAAGAUGAUGAUGUUGAUGCGGUUGAUGAAGUUGAUUCGGAUGAUGAUGAUUUGGAUGCUGAUGUUGAUGUUGAUGAUGAUGAUGAUUUGGAUGAUGAUUAUAAUGAUGAUGAUGAUAAUGAUGAUUCGGAUAAUGACGAAUAUUAUGACGAAUAUGAUGAUGAACAAGAUGUUGAUGUUUUAAGAUAA